AAAAAGAAAAGAAAAGAAAAGAAACGAAACGUCCCUUUUUAAAUCCCUCCAUUUCAAUUUCUCUCUACAGAGUAAAACACGAAAACAACAAGCAAACUUUUUAAUAUCUGCAAGUCUCCAGUGUUUCUCGUAAAUUUUAGCAGCAGUGAAAUAUAUUCCAAUCCACCAUGCUAAUUACUAUCUUCAACUGACUCUUUGUCUGUAUAAGUCAUGAAAUUCCUUCAAAACUAGUCAUGGGUGUUUGUUGAUGCACUGCUGGGAGAAAGUGACAACAUAUUCCUUGUAAUCUUUGGUAAUUGAAGGUUUUACCUAAAUAUGGAUAUCUGGAAUCGCUCAUCUUCUGGUGGUGCUUCUUCCAUUGGCAAGCCACUGUUGGAUUUUUCAAAUACGGUGAUGGAGAAGGCUCAUUUUGAACAACAAGGGAGAGUUCGUGUUAAUGAGAAAAAAAUAGAUGUAGACCAUAGAGAAAUUUACUUUUUGAUUAUGCAUUUUCUAUCUUCCGGGCCAUUCCAUAGGACUUUUAGACAAUUUCAGGAUGAAGUUUUAGGACAUGAGCUUCUACCAAGAAGAUAUCAUGCUUGGUUUUCAAGAAGUGGUGCACAUAAUGGGAAUGAUAACAAUGAUGGUGUCUCUCUUCCUUUAAGUUAUGAUAAAUUGGUGGAAAGGUAUCCUCAUGUUGAGAAGGAUCAUUUGGUAAAGCUUCUGAAACAAUUGCUGCUGAACACAGAUUCUAUGUUUGGCGAGGCUGGAAGAAAUACUCUAAAUGCAGCUCAUGUUCCUACAAUACUGGGAUCUGGUUCUUUUUCGCUUCUUGAUUGUGAGAAGAGUAUGCAUAAGCAAGCUAUGCCCCUGCCAGCAAACCUGCGUUGGCCCCACAUGCAGAUUGAUCAGGUGCAUGGGCUGAGUUUAAGGGAACUCGGAGGUGGUUUUGCAAAGCACCAUCGUGCUCCAUCCAUUCGCUAUGCUUCUUAUGCCAUUGCUAAGCCAUUGACCAUGGUGCAAAAGAUGCAAAAUACAAAGAAGUUAAGGGGACACCGUACUGCUGUCUAUUGUGCAAUAUUUGAUCGCUCAGGAAGGUAUGUUAUUACUGGUUCGGAUGAUCGUCUUGUCAAGAUUUGGUCAAUGGAGACUGCAUUUUGCCUGGCCAGCUGCAGAGGACACGAAGGUGACAUUACUGACUUGGCUGUAAGUUCCAACAAUGCUUUAGUGGCAUCUGCUUCCAAUGAUUUUGUCAUUCGAGUGUGGCGCUUGCCAGAUGGGAUGCCCAUUUCAGUCUUGCAGGGGCACACUGGAGCUGUUACUGCCAUUGCAUUUAGUCCCAGGCUUGGCUCUGUGUAUCACCUUUUAUCGUCAUCAGAUGAUGGAACUUGUCGAGUUUGGGAUGCUAGAUAUUCCCAUUGUAGUCCACGAAUUUAUGUUCCAAAGCCUUCAGAUGCUCUUACUGGUAAGAGCAGUGGUACUUUUAGCAAUGGACCUUCCUCGAGUAAUGGUCCACAGAGCAAUCAGAUAUUGUGUUGUGCUUACAAUGCCAAUGGAACUGCUUUUGUCACUGGAAGCUCUGAUACUUAUGCUAGGGUUUGGAAUGCAUGUAAAUCUAACACAGAUGAGUCAGAACAACCUAUACAUGAGAUGGAUGUAUUAUCUGGCCAUGAGAACGAUGUCAAUUAUGUUCAAUUCAGUGGCUGUGCUGUGGCUCCAAGAUCUUCAAUGUCUGACACUUUGAAGGAGGAUAGUGUUCCGAAAUUUAAAACCUCCUGGUUCUGUCAUGACAAAAUAGUCACCUGCUCCCGUGAUGGCAGUGCAAUCAUAUGGAGACCUAUAUCACGGAGAUCGCAUGGAAAAUCUGUACGUUGGACAAUGUCUUAUCAUCUGAAAGUUCCACCUCCUCCACUACCUCCACAACCUCUUCGGGGAGGACCACGCCAAAGAAUUCUUCCAACUCCUCGUGGUGUUAAUAUGAUUGUGUGGAGUCUUGAUAAGCGCUUUGUCUUAGCAGCUGUUAUGGAUUGCAGAAUAUGUGUUUGGAAUGCUGCUGAUAGUAGUUUAGUGCAUUCUUUGACUGGCCAUACCGAGUCUUCUUAUGUUUUAGAUGUUCAUCCUUUCAAUCCGCGGAUAGCUAUGAGUGCUGGGUAUGAUGGUCAAAUGAUAGUGUGGGAUAUAUGGGAGGGCAUUCCUAUUCGCACAUAUGAAAUUGGUCGUGUCAAGUUGAUUGAUGGGAAGUUUUCUCCGGAUGGGACAUCUGUUGUGCUUUCUGAUGAUGUUGGCCAAAUAUACUUGCUAAACACAGGCCAGGGUGAGUCUCAAAAGGAUGCCAAAUAUGACCAGUUUUUCCUUGGGGAUUAUAGACCCCUUAUCCGUGAUGCUGCAGGAAAUGUCCUCGAUCAGGAGACACAACUGGCUCCGCAUCGAAGGAACAUUGAAGAUCCUCUGUGUGACUCAAGUAUGAUUCCAUACCCAGAACCUUAUCAGACCAUGUUUCAGCAACGUCGACUUGGUGCACUAGGAGUUGAGUGGCGUCCUUCAUCCAUCAAAUUUGCUGUUGGUCCGGAUAUUGGUUUAGGCCAGGAUUAUCAAAUGCCUCCAUUGGAAGAUUUAGAAAGAAUGUUUGACCCACUGCCUGAGUUCAUGGAUGCCAUUUACUGGGAACCAGAAAAUGAAGUCAUAAGUGACAACACUGAUUCUGAGUAUAAUGUUGCAGAGGAAUGCACCAGUGAGGAGGAGCAGGGUAGUUUGUGUUUCAGCUCUCCCAGCGAUCCCAAUUGUAGUACAGGGGACACUGAUGCUGAACACAGUAAAAAGGAUAGCAUUCGCAGGUCAAGGAGGAGAAAACACAAGACUGAAGCUGAACUAAUGACAUCUUCUGGGAGGCGAUUGAAGAAACGAAACAUGGAUGAGCGUGAUGGCUCAUUAUCUGGAAGUAAUGGAGGUAAGAAACUGAAAGGUGUUCAGAAAGUCUCUAAGAGGAAGUCUUCCAAAGCAAAGUCAUCAAGACCUCAGCGUGUUGCUGCCCGCAAUGCUCGAAACAUGCUUUCCAAAAUUACUGGAACAUCUACAGAUGAAGAUGAUGAUGAUGAUUCAGAAGACGAUACAUCCAACUGUGAGUCAGGGCUUCAAGAUUUGACCGUCCAAAACAACAGAGGAGAUGAAUACUUGCAGAAUGCACAAGAAAAAUGUACGAAGGAAGAUAAACUUGUUUUGGUUGAGGAUAUGGCCAAGCCUCCUGAACUCCCUGAAUCUCUAUCAGUUUUGGGAAAUAGGAAAAAAAUAGUCUUGAAGUUCUCACUACGUGACUCCAAGAAGCCUGUGUCUCCAGAAGAGAGCAGACUCAAUGGUGAAAAUCAUAUUGAUUUUGUUAACCUAUCUUCUGGACGUAUUGAAGAAAAUAACAUCAAGAUAAGCUCUGAAGAUCCAGGGGCAUCUUCUUCGAAUGUGUCUGGCUUUGGACUGUCUCAAUACCACACUAGAGGUGAUCUUACUGGUGCUUCCACAGCUUCAAGCAAUGAAAUUUGUAACGAGGGAGACAAAAAUUGGUCCAGAUCUGAUAAACACAGUUGUUGUGACCCAGUAGAUAUAAGUGAAGUUUUUGGUACAAACCAUUCUCAGGAGUUGAAAGUGGACCCUCCACCAAAGAUAACAAGGUUAAAAAUAAAAACAAAAGCAAUUUCGAAGGAUUCAAGCAGUCCCUCUAAAUUGAAAUAUUCGAGAACAGGUGGUGACUUAACUAGCAAUGGAGGUGAUAUAAUGUCUGAAACUCCCUCUUAUCUGGGACAGGAUCAAAUAUCAGGAGUACCAGAUAGAGGUGGAGAAGGUUUGGGCAGAUCAAUUUCUCUGCAUGGUGUAAACAAAAGGGAAAAGACACACAAGGCUAUAUCUGAUUUAAAAGGUUUUGAUAGUGUUAUAAAAGAAAAUUCCUCACCAGCAAAUGACCAUUGUGAUUCUGGAACUGAUCUCUCUGAAGCUGAAAAUGGUGAUGCAAUACGUAGAACAAGAUCCAUGAAGAUGAAGGCAACCCAGCGGGAACCAAGUGCUCAAAAUCAUAACCUUGGGGUGAAAAUGGGCCAUGAAUUGGUUGGGAUGUCAAAGAAUGCUGCAGGUGAUGAGUUCCCAUCUGAAGAGUGGGUGUCAAGUUCGAAAACAGCAGUUAGACCAAGGUCGGCUAAAAACAAGAGAGGAAAGUAUUCUGAUAAUGAUACGAGAUUUAUUAGAAGAGAAUCAAAUCAACCCAUAAGAAAAUUAUCAUGGUUAAGCUUGUCAAAGCAUGAGGAUGGAUACCGUUAUAUCCCCCAGUUGGGCGACGAAGUUGUUUAUUUGAGACAGGGCCACCAAGAGUAUAUUGAUUUAUAUAGUCUACGAGAAAAAGGUCCUUGGAGUUUAAUCAAGGGACACCUAAGUGCAGUGGAAAUUUGCAAGGUAGAAGACCUUGAUUAUGCCAUAGUUCCUGGUUCGGGGGAUAGCUGCUGUAAAAUCACACUUAGAUUUGUAGAUCCUUCAUCUGUUGCUUUUGGCAAAGCAUUCAAGCUGACCCUGCCUGAACUGAUUGAUUUUCCUGAUUUUGUUGUUGAAAAAACACGAUAUGAUGCUUCCAUCAAUAGAGAUUGGAAUACUAGGGAUAGAUGUGAGGUGUGGUGGAGGAAUGAGAAUGGGGAAGGUGGUGAAUGGUGGGAAGGGGAUAUUGUUUCUGUGCAGGCAAAAUCUGUUGACUUUCCGGAUAGUCCUUGGGAGAGAUAUGAAGUCAUAUACACGUCUGAUCCAACUUUGCACAAACACAGUCCAUGGGAAUUGCAUGAUCUUGGCAUUCCAUGGGAGCACCCCCAUAUAGAUUUUGAUAUAACAAAUAGACUACUAUCUUUGUUCAAUAAAUUAGAGCAAUCAGCAAAGAAAAAUCAGGAUUCUUACGGAAUUCAAAAAUUGAAUGAGGCUUCUCGUAAGUGGGAUUUCUUUAACAGAUUUUCAGUACCUCUGUGUCCUGAAAUUAUCCGGUCGAGGUUAGAAAGCAACUAUUAUCGGAGCUUUGAAGCGGUGAAGCAUGACAUACAGGUGAUGAUGAAAAAUGCCCAAGAUUUUUUUGAGUUAAGCGCUGAGCUAUCACACAAAAUGAAGCGCCUCUCUGAAUGGUUUACAAGGAAAUUAUCAAAGAUGUAGGAAGUCCAAUAAUUUUUCCCUUUGUUUUUAUAGUUUUUUAAGCUUUCCUUCCUCAUCUGUCCAAUUUUUGUAAAAUGAAUCCUACAAACUUUAGGAUGCUAGAAUGCCCUAUGAAAAUAGCUGUUGCAAUCAUUUUUUUGACAGAAUGGGAGGGGAAAUGGAUACGGUGAGAGUUUCCCAUAAUGUACAGGUCACUAUAGCUUCCAUGGCAUUGCAUUUCAUAGGAAAAAAAAAAAAACAAGAAAUGAAAAUGAUAUUUAGUCGGAUUCUUGGAUGA